AUGGAUAGACUGCAUUCGACUGAGUCAAUUUCAGAGGUGAAGGAGCCAAAUGAAGAACACACGGAUUGGCAGGACAGAGGCCCUUUGGAGAGUUGCGAUGGACUGCGGUCCUACGUACAGAAUUUCAUUUCCUCAAAGCUGAGCGACGACUCUCUGAGUAUGUACCGUGCGAAGCUGGAGACGCUGAAAAAGUGCGCCUUCUACGUCGAGGUCACCUGCCCCGACCUGCCGCACAGCGAGCACAGCUCCAGCUCCACCAUCCAGCACCUGAUCGACCACGGAAAGUUCCAGCAACUGAAGAAUUUCGGCAGCAGCCAGGUGAAGAUCCAGCUAUGCCUGCUGGAAGAGCUCUAUGAGCAGAUAAGGAGAGGGAAGGAGGAGCUGGUGUCCACGCUGGAGACAUGCAGUCCGGAUACAUUUACCGAGGAGAAGGUGUCCGGCGUCGUCCGGGGGAACCUGGACCAGGUGGCCAGCGCCCUCCGGGACUUCAACGACGCUCAGACCCUUGGACGCUUCCGCUUCAAGCACCGGCUGAUCACGGAGCCGGCCGUCACAACCGAGCUGCAGAUCCAGCUGGCGCUCGCCGCCAAGCCGCCCGUCCUGUUCGACAAGAACGCCUCGGUGGCGCUGGCCAAGUCCGUGCGGCUGUACUGGCACGUGGCGGGGCAGGAGAGGAGCGAGCCCGGGGUGAAGUACGAGAUCCGCUACAGGUUCCACCCGGCGCCGGAGCAAACGGCGGACGCCCCAGCCUGCGAGGACCAGCAGCAGCCGGCCGAGGACCCCGCCACCCCUGCUGAAGGAGCCACCGGAGGGCCCGCCAGUGGAGAGGACAAGGCGCACCUGAGCAUCAUUACCUCCGGCUCCAACAGCACCAAGAUUGGCAACCUGCUCCCCGAAAAGAGCUACGAGUUCACCAUCAAACGGGCCGACUCCUACUGCUUGGUUUACGGGGCCUGGAACGAUACCAUCGUCCUAAAAACCCUCGCUCGACCCGCAGGGUCCACAAACCAUAAGAAGAAGAGGUGGGUUUACUACUUCUAG